AUGUCGGGCCCAGCAACCGGAGCCGCCGCGUCCCACGCCGCCACCAAGGCCGCCAGCAAGUGGCAGCAGUUCAUGAACCACCCCGCCGGUCCCAAGACCAUCUUCUUCUGGGCCCCCAUGGCCAAGUGGGCGCUCGUUAUUGCCGGUCUCAAGGACCUGCAGCGCCCCGCUGACAAGCUCUCGCUCAACCAGAACCUGGCUCUCGCCGCCACCGGCUUCAUCUGGGUCCGCUACUCGCUGAUCAUCACCCCGGUGAACUACUCGCUCGCGGCCGUCAACUUCUUCGUCGGAUCAACCGGUCUCCUCCAGCUCUACCGUAUCUGGGACUACAGGAAGAACCACCCGGAGGCCAAGAAGGCCUAA